AUGUAUAAUGAAAGAAACCUUUCUUUCAGUUUCUGUGCUGUGCUGGAAGGAAGUGAGAAUGAUAUGAGGUUUGUGUACUGGGCUUCCUUCUGCUACAUGCUCGAUAACUGGUCAGGCAUGGAUACAAAAAAAGCAGUAGACUACAUUAGAAGCAGCAUGUCUUAUGAUAAUGGCCUGGCACAAGGAGCUGGACAGGAAUCUCAUGGCGGCUCUACAUUUUGUGGUAUUGCAUCACUGUGUUUGAUGGGUAAAUCGGAGGAAGUUUUUUCAGAAAAAGAACUGAACAGGAUAGAAAGGUGGUGUAUAAUGAGACAACAGAAUGACUACCAUGGACAACCCAACAAACCUGUGGACACUUGCUAUUCCUUUUGGGUGGGAGCAACUUUGAAGCUCUUGAACAUAUGCCAAUACACAAAUUUUGAGAGAAACCGAAAUUACAUCCUGUCAACUCAAGAUUGUCUUGGUGGUGGAUUUGCCAAGUGGCCAGAUAGCCAUCCAGGUAAAUUUAGUUCUCAAAAUUAUGGUAUCUUUUAA